AUGGCACCAAAGAAGAUUGAACCAAAGAAACCUGAGCCCAGAAAGCCAGAGCCUAAGAAAGAUGCGGCUCCAGCUGCUAAGCCAGCUGCAGCUCCUCAGCCACUGCCUGAGCUGCCCAAGGAGCCUCCAUUCGAUCCCAAGAGCAUCACUCUUGAGUUCACUGCCGACCAGAUAGAGGAGUUCAAGGAGGCUUUCACCUUGUUUGACCGCACACCAACUGGAGAAAUGAAGAUCACAUAUGGCCAAUGUGGAGACGUGAUGCGAGCUCUGGGCCAGAACCCUACCAAUGCAGAUGUGCUCAAAGUGCUCGGCAAACCGCGGCCAGAGGACAUGAGCACUAAAAUGGUGGACUUUGAGACCUUCUUGCCAAUGCUGCAACAUAUCUCCCGUGCAAAAGAUCAAGGCAACUUUGAGGAUUUUGUGGAGGGGCUCAGGGUUUUUGACAAGGAAGGCAAUGGCAGCAUCAUGGGAGCAGAGCUGCGUCAUGUGCUGGCGACACUGGGAGAGAGGAUGACAGAAGACGAGGUGGACAGACUGAUGUGCGGACAGGAGGAUGCCAAUGGGUGUAUCAACUAUGCUUCCUUUGUGAAGCAUAUUCUCUCCGGAUGA